GUGCAAAACGAAACCAGAUUAUGUUUCAUAAAUUACUGGUUCCAUUAUUCUGCCUUAUUUACAACUUGUUGUUGAAAAUUUUAAUUUCAUCAUUUAAUUGAAUUGUUGUAAAGAUUUGUUAGUGAAAAAGGAUGAUGACGUCAUCUUUAGAAAAAACAUCAUUCACAAGGACGGAGAAAACAGAACAAAUAUAUCAUUUGAGAGCGAACAAAAGCAUCGAAAGUCUACAUGGUAUAGCGAGCGAUAAGAAGAAAAUUUCAUCAAAUGGUCAACUUCUUUGCGCACUUACCCCGAUAUCUUGUAAAGCGUCUAACAAUUUUACAACUCUGUUAAAAUCCAGUUCGAAAAUACCGUGCCGUCUUGGCUUGCAAUCAUCCGCAACGUCAUGGAAACAUCCAAAUAAAUUAUUGCCAUUCCGACGUUCCACCUCAUUGCGUUUGCGCAAUUCCAAAUCGAAUUGUGCAAAUAGAGUGAAAAUGGCGGAAAACGGAAUUGCAUUAGCGGGGGCGAAUUAUACUGACGGCUCCGAAACCGGUAAUGGUCAGGUUGUCAGUUCUACUUCGCGUCGCAAAUUGAAAUCAUUAACGCGACCAGCAACGCGUAACGAACAACCAUUAAAACGUUCCUUAUCGUUGCGGAAAAAUUUUAAAAUCUCAUCGAGCUCAUUAAACAAAACGGAAUCGUUAAAGCAACAGCAAAUACAAAAAUGUUUGGAAAAUCAAGAAAAAGAAGAAAAUCCCAUUAAAAAUAUAGCAAAAUCUAUAGAAAUCAUCGGUGAUAGCACAUCCAGCGGAGAUGAGCUAAACAAAUCGCUAUCUUUGGAAACAAUUGUACUUGACAAUUAUGAAGAUAUACCGAUAAUGUCUCUGAAUAAAAGAGGUUCUCCGAUAACUGCCGCAGCAGCAUCAACAGCAGCAGUGGCAGUGGCAGCAGCAGACAUCCAAAUACGACCGUUCUCUUUGGAAAAGGAAAUUGCGACAACGACUCUACCAGCAACUGGAAACGGAAAGAUAAUCAAAGUACCCAAUAACAACAAUAAUACUGCAACUACAACAACUACAUGUCACUCGCAGCAGGGAGUGAACGUAUUAUCAUCGCCCAAUCUUAAGUUGACACCGAAAACACCACCAGUCACGCCAGAUUCGCCGACCACCUAUUUGAACGAUGAUUUAGAUUCUUCGUAUUCAUUUGCCACAACGACAUCGGGCCGUUCUACCAUGUCUUGUGAGCAUCCCUACGUCGCCAGAAAUGGCACGACUUUUAGCGGUCGUAAAAUGAAAUACGUUGUGCACUGUUCAAGUCAUGCUGGCCAAGUUGGUUCUAAUUACUUAACGCCAACCCAAAGGGCUCAACAGCAAAUUCGUCGGUUGAAGGAGUUACUUUGCACUACCCGUCAAGAUUUAGAGCAAAGAGAUACAGAAAUUUUACGUUUAACGCGUGAAGUUGUUGAGUUACGUUUAUUUAAGGCAUCACUUAGUUCACCAGAUGAACGGUCGGCUUCCAGCGAUGCGGUUACCGUACGCGAAGCUGAUUUAAAAACUUCGCAAGAUGUUUCGCCCAUUGUCGAUAUGGUCGAUGAUGCUCAGAAAUCAUCAAGUCCUCGCCAUCAUGCUCAUAUUCAUCAUCGUCAUGCCGCAUCUUUACAACAACAACACUUGCAACAUGGUUCUUCUCAUCACGUCAUGCAUGUAUCAUCUGAAAUGCAAAGUUCCUUUGCCGAUUCCGGUCAUUUUGAAGAUUUGACUUCGUCGUCGGUUCAUUCAAAGGACUCUUCGUUUACGCCUCCACAUACGCAUGAUCAGGCAUGCGGUAGCGAUGAGGCGACAGGCGUUGAUGAUUGCAUAUCGUUAGAACAAUAUGAAUUGCAACGUCAAGAACUGAUACGUUUAUACGAGCAACGUAUUGAAGAUUUGAUACGUAAUCAGGACGCAAACACAAGCGAAAUUAAGCGUACCAAUAACGAUCGCAUCGAAGCCUUGUUGCAAAAGUUGGCCGAAUGUAAUACACGUUAUGCCGACAUUGUACCCGAUUAUGAACAUGCUAAAGAGCGUAUUCGCGAGUUAGAGAAACAACUUGAGGAUCUCCAACGUAAACUCGUUGAACAUGAGGAAAAACAAAAGCAAAUGUAUUUGCACAUGUAUCAGAAGGGUCAAGAAGCAGAACGUAUUGCUCGAGCUGAUCAGGUAUUGGAAUUGGCACACCGAGCACCACAAAACAAAGUCUCCAUAAAUGAGUUGCUGCAUCAAUUGCAAUCCACACAAGAUGAAUUGGAAAACAUACGUGCAGCAGAAUGUAGAAAUGAAUGCGGCAGUAAUCAUGCUCUCCUUACUGCAAAAGAGGCAAUUUCUUUAUGGGUACUUGGCGCGCGUAAGACCAUUUAUCGUCGCCUACUGGAAGCGCAAAAGAACCGCACUCAUGUGGAUCCCGAAGUGACUUUACAAUUUUUGAAGAGCGCCGUCUACUACUUUCUAACGGAUAAAGAGAACUCGCAGGGCCAUCUGCAGGCCAUCGAGAGUAUUUUAGAUUUUAGUGAAGCCGAAAAACAAAAUAUUAAUAAAGCACGUACUGGAAAAUAAACAACUAAGUAAAAAGCAAAGUUAGGCUAUAUAGAGAGUUUUUCACUAAUGGCGCCUUUCAUCGAAUUUCGAUUCCUUGAUAGGCCUUAUGACAUGUUUCCGACGAUUUAAAGAAACCACUAUUCACAAUUCUUCCAAUUUGUUUUAGAAAACGAUGCGAGACGGCUGUCGCCAUUGACUACAACGAACUGGCCUCAUUUUUCGAAAAAAUUAGAUAUGGCCCAUGAACUAUGCAUUGUACAGUUAAUUUUUUAAGGAUAACGUUUCAUUCCAUACAUAAUACAUAAGCUUUCGCUUGUUAAAGAGGUAAAAAAAUUCCUCUUUCCUGGGAAUUUUUUUUUCCUUUUUUUGUGAAAAUCACUCGCCAUCCUCGCCGAUAACGUUAAAGACGCGCUGCGAAUGAUUGGCUUAAGGCAGUAAACUUUUUAACCGACGUCACUUUAUAGUGCAAAAUGAUCUCAAAGGUGCCUAUUUCCUGACACCAAUGCCGUCUUCGAUGUUAUUUUCAUCAUCACCCGCUUUAUCACGAUCAUCUGCAAAUAUUCUCUCCACUCCUUCGCAUUUCUGUGCCUUACCGAAAUCGAAUCAUUCGAAAGUACUUAUGCCGGUUCGAAUUUGGCUCUAGAGCACCUAUUGCUUUGAUCGAAAGAGAAUUCUAAUAAUGCAAAAAACAAAAUUUGAUUAAUUUGCAAGCAUUGGAAACGAAACAGAUCAAUGUUCCAAAAAAAAAAAAAAAAAGAGAAAA